UUCUGUUGGAGAAUUAAAAAAAAAAAAAAAAAAAUGGCUGCUGCAUCUGCAACCACCGCCGAGCAAAGCCACCGCCGCCGAUCAGUGUCCAAAGUGGCUAUAAUUGGAGCUGGCAUUAGUGGAAUCACCGCCGCUAAGCAUCUCUCUGGUCACCACCCAGUGGUGUUUGAGGCCACAGACUCAAUAGGCGGCGUGUGGAAGCACUGCGCUUAUCGGACCACCAGGCUGCAGACUCCUCGCCAGGAUUUUGAAUUCUCCGACUACCCGUGGCCGCCGCCGGCGACGGGGAAUGAUGACUUUCCAACGUAUUUGGAGGUUUUGGAUUAUUUGCAUGGCUAUGCAACGCAUUUUAAUGUGCUCAGAUUCGUCAAGUUUAAUUGUAAAGUGGUUCAACUCCGAUAUAUUGGCGGCCCCGAAGCUGAAGAUUCCACGGCGGCCGGAGUGUACGGAAACCUACUUAAUGGCCGUUCUGUAUGGGAGGUCGCCGUUGAAGACACUCAGCUCAACACCAUUCAGUGGUAUGAAUUCGAGUUGGUGAUAAUAUGUGUGGGAAGAUAUGGAGAUAUACCAAACAUACCAAAAUUCCCUCAGAACAAAGGUCAAGAAGUUUUCAAAGGCAAGGUUUUACACUCGAUGGACUACGCCAAGCUCGACCACGAUGCUGCACGUGCCCUUCUUCAGCACAAGCGUGUUGUUGUUGUUGGCUAUCGAAAAUCUGCCAUUGAUCUGGCUGUUGAAUGUGCCCAAGCAAAUCAAGGACCAGAAGGGCAGCCCUGCACAAUGGUGAUUAGGUCAUUGCAUUGGACAGUCCCAUCCUAUAGAAUAUGGGGAUUACCCUUUUUCUUAUUUUACUCAACAAGAUUCUCUCAGUUCCUCCAAGAAAGCCCAAAUCAAGGCCUUUUUAAGGCCCUUUUCUGCUCUCUCUUUUCUCCCAUGAGAAAGGCAAUUUCUAAGUUCAUAGAGUCAUAUUUAACAUGGAAGCUGCCAUUAGAGAAGUAUGGACUAAAACCAGAACACCCCUUUGAAGAAGACUAUGCAUCUUGUCAAAUGGCUAUUAUGCCAAACAAUUUCUUUGAAGAGGCAAAGAAAGGCAAGAUUUUGUUCAAAAAGACAUCUAAAUGGUGGUUUUGGAGUGAUGGAGUUCAAUUUGAAGAUAAUACCAAAUUAGAAGCUGAUGUUGUCAUUCUCAACACUGGUUUUCAAGGCAAACAAAAGCUUCAGUCUUUGUUGCCUCAUCCUUUUAAUACCCUUUUGGUUGAUUCCUCUGGUAUCAUCCCUUUGUACAGGGGUGUGAUUCAUCCACUGAUACCAAACAUGGGAUUUGUGGGAUAUCUUGAGAGCGUAUCAAACCUUCGCACUGGAGAGCUACGGUGCAAAUGGCUGGCAAGAUUGGCUGAAGAUGGCUUCAAGCUUCCUACCAUUCACAAAAUGCUUCAACAAACUGCAAAUGAAAUUCAAGUCAUGAAGAACACUACACGUUUCUACAAGCGUCAAUGUGUUUCCACCUUCAGCAUUAGCUACACUGAUGAGAUUUAUCAAGAGAUGGCAAAUACUUCUAACUAAGAUCUAUAUAUUUAUAUAUAAGACAUGUUUAAAUUCUGUCUUUUAUUAAUUAAUGACAUAGUUAUGAGGUUUUAUGAUCCCUAUACUUUGUAUUAAACCCAAGUAUUAUUAAUAAAGUAAAGUAAAGCUCAAAAUUAAUUAGGUCUCGAUCAUUGUACCAAAAUUCUUGAUAUUUUUACCAAGUCUUUAUAACUUUCUUCUUUUUACUUCUUUACUUAAGAAGAUCGACAAGAUGGGAGUUAAUUGAUGUUCAUGUUCCAUCUUGAGGGGGAAUAUUUAAUAUUGUUUGUUAGGCUUAUGUUAGUUUGGUUAAUGCCAAGUGUACUUUUACUGGCUAGUUAAUUAAAAUUUACCCCCUGUUCUAAUAUUUCUUCAGAUCAACUUAGAACUAAAAUAAUGCUAAAGCAACAAAAAGAAUACUUUAGUUGAAUUAAGAGUGAGGUUUAUGAUGAUGAUUGGUUUCUUAGUUUUUCGUUUAUUAUUAUUAUUAAACGAGCAUAUU